CAACACAGAUAGCAAUACAACCAUUGACCACAGCCUCCCACCGACACUGCUCACGCAGUCACAGAAUCUAUCUUUGUGAAGCCACAACACUCUCCACUAUGCUGAAGAGAGAUGCAGUCAGUUGGUACGACCAAAGGGCGAAUAGCUGCAAUUUCUGGAUCUUCUUUAUAUCUGAACAGUAUAUCAAUCGCCAUUUGCAUGCAGAAACUUCACUUACACGGUGUACGGAGAAGUCGACCCAUCACACUCCAAGUCACAUCAUCUAGUCCCACACUCGGCAGCACCCAUGCGCCUGGCCUUCAGCUCCUCGGUUCCGUGUUUGAACCACUGAUAAAGAUCUUCUUCGCAGUAUGGAACGGUUCGAGCAAAAGUUGCAGCAAAGAGUGGCUGGUUGAACUCGAGCGAGAUGUUCGAACUGCUCUGCCACCCGUUCUUGAGGUGUCCAACGAAGAGAUUGCGAGCCUUCGUGUAUCUCAAUUCUGGCUGCGCAUCAAGCUUUGGGAACUAUUUCCACGCUUUAGCUUCUUGUCGACCGAGUCGGUUUACGAUUGCACCGUCUGUAGACAAGUUUCCACCUAAGCAGACUGCAAGCACACAGAACAUUGCGUUCGGCAACAGUAAAGAUAGCAUCCAGGCAGGAAACAUUCACAGCAACACACGACU